CUAGUUGUAUGCCAUGAUCAAUUUAGUGAAAUUUAUUUCUUCCUUCUAUAUAAACUGCUCAAUGUUUGCAUGACUCUCAUACACAAUUAUAUUGUUUGUACCUCUCUCUCUCUCUCUCUCUCUCUCUCUCUCUCUCUCUCUCUCUCCAGAAAAGAUGAGUGAGAGUACUGCAAGGAGAUCAGCAAAUUACAAGCCUAGCAUUUGGAAUCAUGAUUAUAUUCAAUCACUAAACAGUACUAUCCAUGGGGAAACGAGGUUCUUGCAACGAGCUGAAGAACUUAAAGAUGAAGCGAGGGACUUGCUCGAGAAAACAAAUGAUCCGUUCGAUCAGAUUCAGCUCCUCGAUUUAUUGCAGAGGCUCGGAAUAUCUUAUCACUUUACGCAUUAUGUGGACAAAAUUCUGAAUAAUAUACACAUUUUAGUUGACGGCCGUGAUUGGAAUAUUACAGACAGCUUGCAUGCUACUGCAUUGAGAUUUCGGCUCCUCAGGCAGCAUGGUUACCACAUUUCUGCCGAGGUUUUCAGAUAUUUCAUGGAUGAGGAGGGAAAUUUCAAGGCAAGCCUUUUUGACGAUGUAAAUGGAUUACUAAGUUUAUACGAGGCUUCGUAUCUAUCAACGGAAGAGGAGAGUACUAUAAUGGAUGCAGCCCGGAUUUUUUCCGAGUGUCUUCUCAAACAGUGGCUCAAUGAUCGAGAAAUAGACGAAAAUAUUGCUGAGGAAAUAGACCACGCUUUGGAACUUCCGUUUCACUGGAGAAUGCAGAGACUAGAAACGAGAUGGUUUAUCGAUGCGUACGAAAAACGAGAAUCGGAAAUGAACCCUCUUUUGCUUGAGCUUGCUAAACUGGAUUUCAAUAUAGUUCAAGCGAUGUACCAAGACGAACUCAAAGAUCUGUCGAGGUACAAAUAUAUGUGGUAUAUGAAAACAGGUCUUGCGGAAAAGUUGAGCUGUAGGGACCGUUUGGUGGAGUGCUUCUUGUGGACGGUGGCGUUCACAUACGAGCCUCGUUUUCGAUAUUGCAGGAUUAUGUGUACAAAGUUUGCUGUACUGCUAACGUUUGUCGAUGAUGUUUACGAUAUAUAUGGCUCUCUCGAUGAACAAUUCACAGAUGUCGUCGAGAGGAAAUCUUGUAUGUUUUAUUUUUAUUUUAGGUGGGACAUUAAUUCUUUGGAGCAACUUCCAGAGUACAUGAAAAUAUGCUUUCUUGCUCUAUUCAACACGGUUAACGAAACGGCUUACGACGUGCUUAGGGAACAAGGAUUCAAUAUUAUUCCACACUCUACAAACAGGGUGGCAGAACUUUGUAAGAAGUACAUGGUAGAAGCACAGUGGUACUACAGCGGCUACAAACCAAGCCUAGACGAGUCCCUAAGCAACGGUUGGGUUACGAGCGCGGGUCCUUUUUUUAUAAUCCAUGCUUAUUUUUGCAUGACAAAUCCUUUGAAAGAUGAACCUCUCAGACAAUUACAGACGAACCCUGAAAUUCUCAAAUGGACAUCAAUCGUUUUUCGACUUGCGGAUGACUUGGCAACUACCACAGAUGAGUUGAAGAGAGGUGAUAGUCCGAAAUCAGUUCAAUGCUACAUGCUCGACACAGGCUGCUCUGAGGAAGAUUCUAGAAGCUACAUCAAGAAUCUUAUCGGGUCAACAUGGAAGAAAAUAAACACCGACGUAUUGAUAAAUAACGAAUACUCGAGAGAUUUUAUAACUACUUCAAUCAAUUAUGCUAGAGCUUCACUGUGCAUGUAUCAGCAUGGAGAUGGGCAUGGAACGGGAAACAUUGAAUCGAAGAAACGUAUACUCUCGUUAGUUGUUGACCCUAUUCCUCUUCCUCAAAAUCCCGUGGUAUAGUCUCGGGGUUUUUUUUUUUUUUUUUUUU